AAAAAUCAGACUUUCCAGUGCUUUAUUAAUUUAUUAUUUAAAAGUUGAAUUUUAAACUUAAACACCAAACUUUUGUUAAUCGAAUGUGUUCGGAAUCCGUGAUUGUUGUGAGUUGUUCUCAACAUGGAGAACUGAAGGAGCAGGACGAGACAGGGUGCAGCAAUAAUAAGUUUUAUAUGCCACAUAACGAUCCUUGUUAUAAUAAAAGGAUUUGUAAACGUCUCAGAGAACGAGGACUAGAUCUUAUUCAAAAUGAUGCUAAAACCUACAACUCUUUUUGCGGGAUGCAUGUUGGUUAUGGUGGCAACUCAGGUGCGAGCAGAUACGGAACAUUACAAUUACAAUUUGAGGAGUAUGCCCAAGAAAUUCUGUGGUCGUAUAUUAGCAGAUACAUUAUCCAUUGUUUGCGAAGGAAAUUACAAUGGCCAUAUGAAUAAGAAAAGUGGUCGUCCUGAAGAUGAUCGCUUCAACAGCGACGAUUACCUGAGUUUCGAGCAGCAACUCGACGAGCCGACGUUCCCGUUCCGUUCGCGUUCGAACGCGAUGCGCCUCAAGUUCAGGAGGACAGUUCGCGGUAUUACGAACGAAUGCUGCGAAAAAUCAUGCACAUACAAUGAACUGAGAUCGUAUUGCGCACCACCGACAGAUAGACCGUCGAAUUACUAUCCUUAUUCAACUAAAACCCGAAAAAUCAAGAAACUUGCUCCACAAUGUACACGACUUGAAAAUACACAAAUAAAAAACAGCAGAAAUUAA